CUUUAAGCCAGAAGGAGUGGGCCUACCACCGGAAGCUUCAACCCACACGACCACCGCCCCGGCGAAGCGUGACAGACAGGGCCUCAGCCUCUCUCGCGAACAAUGGGUGUCACCGUUGAUGUCGUAAAGCCAGGAGACGGCAAGACAUUUCCGCAGAAAGGCCAAGCCGUCACUGUGCACUACGUCGGCAAACUGACAAACGGUACAAAGUUUGACUCCUCCCGGGACCGAGGAAAGCCCUUCAAGUUCAACAUCGGGAAAGGUGAAGUCAUUCGUGGCUGGGAUGAAGGCGUAGCUCAGAUGAGCGUGGGGCAGGUGGCGCGCUUGACCUGCACGCCGGACUUCGCGUACGGCAGCUCGGGCUUCCCUCCCGUCAUCCCGGCCAACGCCACUUUGGUCUUCGAAGUGGAACUCAUCAGCGUUUGAGCAUUUGGGGCUUUUA